AUGUUGCUUAAUCUUGUUAUAAUUGUUGUUAUCAUCCUUAUUGGGUACCUUACAGUUUCACAUUUUUGGUUUAAUCCAAGUCAUUCCUCCGUAAUAAACAACAUACCACCAGUGGCAUCUAAUUUCAAAUGGGAAACUCAACAACCAUUACCAAUCAGACCAUUUGUAAACAAGAAAAACUUCAAUCCAAGUAUGGCCAUUAAAAACAUUUCAGACACUCCUCAAGAUUGGUUACUUAUUGAAAACACUUAUUACAACAAUGUAAGACAACGACAAAAACAUAUUGCAUUAGAACCAGAAAUCUUAACAUUUAUUCACAACAAUAACAGAACUAAACAAGCAGUUGGUGAAUUCUAUGAUAUGGUUACUCAAUUCUUAUUACUGCGUUAUCCAAUGUAUUUUAAAUAUGAUUUCUGGUCAGGAAUUGUUACCAACACUAUCACCAAUGAUAAAUUCCCCAAAUAUUCCAAAUCAUUAAUUCCCAAUUAUCAAUCAAUGGUAGAAAUAUUGGGUCGUAACAUUGAAGAAGAUUUCUUAAUCCUAAUCAAAAACAAUCCACAUGAUAAAGAAGAAGAAUAUAUUAUGAGAGCAUCAUUGAAUGGAUUCCCCGCUGGAUUUGAUCCAAGAGUUAAUUUCAAUCAACCAAUAUCAUUUAUUCAUCAACCAGUACCACAAUAUAAAUCACGAUUACAAUUUUCAAUGACGAAAUUUUUCAAUAAUUCACAACCUGAUAAAUUAUGGGUAAGACAUAAUUGGGGAAUUCAAACUCAUAAUCUGUAUUUUAAUAUGGAUACUAAUCAUGGACGACCUGGUGAUAAGAUUCAUCAAUUAUCAAUGAAUGAAAUUGAUUUUGAUAAUGAGGGAUGUUGUUUACGAUGUGAACGACAACUUUUCACUCGAAUGCCACAAUCAGGAGCAAUAAUAAUGACUAUUAGAACAUAUUUGACACCAAUAAAAACGAUAAAGCAAGAAGGUUUAGGAAAAGAGUUGAGUAGAGCUAUAGAUGGAUUACCUGAUGAUUUAGCAUUUUAUAAAAAAAGAAAUUCUUGGGGUGAAGCAGUCAAAGAGUAUUUAGCAAUAUAG